AUGAGUUUCUUGCCCUGGUUUGAAGUUUUCUACAAGCUCCUAAACAACAUUGCUGACUGCCUGGCAAAAGGACAGAAUAAUGAAGUGAAAGAGCUCUUAAGAAUGCUGUAUAUUCACCCACCUCCCCAACCAGACUCUCCACUCAAACUUGAACUUGCCCAGCAGCUGGGAGUUACAACAGGACGGUUUCUGAGAGAUCAGAAGAGGGAUCCUAGUAGUGGUAUGCCAUCGCUUUCUUAUUUUAUUGCCCCUGAUAUCAACAGCUUGCCUACAAUACCAGAGAGUAGGAACCUGACAGAAUACGUGGUUGCUGUGGAUGUGAACAACAUGCUGCAUCUCUAUGCCAGUAUGCUACAUGAGAGACGCAUCAUUAUCACCUGCAGCAAGCUCAGCACAUUAACUGCUUGUGUACAUGGCUCAACUGCAAUGCUGUAUCCCAUGUACUGGCAACAUAUCUACAUCCCUGUGCUCCCUCCACACCUCCUUGAUUACUGCUGUGCUCCAAUGCCUUACCUCAUAGGGAUCCACUCAAGCUUGAUGGAGAAGGUGAGAAGCAGAGCUCUAGAGGAUGUGGUUAUAUUAAAUGUUGACUCAAACACACUGGAGUCGCCAUUCAAUGAUCUGGAAAAGAUGCCGCCAGAUGUGGUAUCCAUUCUGAAAGUGAAGUUGAAGAAGCAAUCUGCAGUCACUGGGGACGUGGUGGCACGGGCCUUUCUCAGGGCACAGGCAGCAAUCUUUGGAAGCUACCAGGAUGCUCUUAAAUUUAACUCCGACGAACCAGUCACAUUUUGUGAGGAGACGUUUUUGAAUCACAAACCUGCCUUGAAGGAUUUCCUGCAACAUGCGGUACAUCUUCAGCUGUUCAAACAGUUUAUAGACAAUCGACUGGAAAAGCUUAACCAAGGGAAAGAAUUGACAGACAUAUUCGAAGAGGAAGUCAAUCUAGGUGGCUUUUCGUCAGGCUGCUCCAAAUUGUGGAUUCAAAACUUUAAGAAAGGUGGUGGAGCUCUGAUUCACACAGUGAGGUCCAAGACCAAUCCAGCCAUGAAGAACAUGUAUAAAUAUGUAAGUUCAGAGUUAAUGGGCAGUCCAUUCACUACUGGGGAGUUGGGUACAGAGCGAGGGGUACAUCGCGGUGGCUCACUGAGGUGUGAGCCUGUAGGAGGCUCCUCCCAUCAAAGGCGUAUGCAGUCGGAGUGUUUACAGAAUCGCCUACCCAUCACCCAGCACUUUGGCCAGUCUCGUCCUCGCCGACCAGCUCGUCGCUACACCAAUUCCGAGACUGUGCUGCCCACUGGGACAGACAGAUCCAAGAGUGGGGAGCUCAGACUGGAGAGCUCACUGGACACGAUCGAAGAUGAGCUUCUGGACUGUAACCUUCUGCAGGAUGAGGAUAUGGACCUGCUUGGGGAGAUCUUUGACACACUGAGCACACAGACAGCACAUGACAAAGGUCUUCUGUAUGGCACUCGCAGCCUUGAUUUCUAUAACUUGGAUUCUAUGGAGGAUAUCCAUAGGGUUAAAGACAUCAACCCCAGUGAGGAAAACCUGAACUGCAAGAGUCGGAGGGAGUCCGAACCAGUUCAACCUGGCAAUUGGGGUUUUGACGGUUCUGCAGAGUGUGUGAAGUCCCUCUCAGCUUCUCUGGAUGAAUUGUCAGGUUUAUCAUCUGUAUCCAAUAGUCAGCCAGACCUUGGAGAUUCUGGCAGUCUCUCCAGCAGCAGUCAUGAAGAAAACAUACCAGCUCCCGAAACAGGGACAUUGAAAUGCAAUUCUCUGACCAACAACAACACAACAGACCCUGGAUCAACGGAGGAAUCUUCAUCCAACUCCCCGUCUGGCAAAGCCAAUGAUAAAUGUACAGGGAUUCAUUGGGAUAAAGGAUCUUCACUGGCCCAGUCCAACGAAACAUUGGCUGAAAAUGGAAAUUCUCAACUGGAGGUGAGCGAGACGAGCGAGACAAGAGGUGAAGUGCAAACUGAGACUGUAGAGCUCGGUGAACUGGAACUGUCUAAAGGUGAAUCUAAGCAGCACUAUGGACAAGAAGCUUCAGUGGAUCAUGUUGAGAAUGCAAUCAUGUUCAGAGAGAUUAAGCCUGACCAGACCAAUAACACUGAAAAAUUUCCACCACCAACUGCUCCUAAAACAUCAACCAUGAGGUGGAGAGCAAAGCUGACUGCCCAGGGCAAUAAAGAACUAGACGGCAGUGAUAUAAAGGGGGAGUGUUCCAGUGGCCAGGAAAUGGGAUCCAAGGAGCCAGCUUCCCACCCAGAGUUCCCUUUGCCUGCUCCUGCAGACAUGACCACUGGUGAGGAGGAAACAGCUCCCCACGUACAGUCUGCCCUCUCUUAUUUCAAGGCUCAGUCAGGGGAACAAAAGGCUGAUGCCAUGAAAGGAAAGGUGCACCAGUCACCACCCUCAGCAGGGGGGUCCCCUGGUAAAUGUGGCAUAACUGAGUGUAAGGAGGACCUGAAUCCACGAAAGGUGCUCUCUGAGCUCACCACCUCAACUAAUGGGAAGCCAGGCAAAAGUUCACCAUCUCCAGACAGUGAAAAACAGAGACCUGAACCUGCAACAACGAGUGAUAAAGAUUCUGACAUUACACCACCCAGAAAAGUUUCAGAGCUAAAAAAGAGAUUUGAAUCCUAGCAAACAAAAGAAUUUAUACUUGACUAUUUCCAUAGUUGGGGCAUGUGUCUUUCUAACCAAAUGAUGGAUAUGUUGGUAUAAUGUCUUUGCUUUGUGGCUGCGCUGCAUAUUACAGAUCUGCACACUAGUUUCCAGGUCAGUUAGCAUAAUUUUUUUUUUUAGUUAUAUAGAAAAACCGAGCUGAAACACCUAAAAAAUGUCAGUUGUAAACUGGAAGAGUGACUUUUAAUUUUUCCACUAACUUCUUCCACUCAGUAACUUUUUUCAGAAGUGGCUUCCUGGACAACAAUUCAAGCUCCAGAAAUGACUAAAGGAGAGGAGUGGGGAGAUAGGGCCUGGUACUUGGAGAUUAAGCCAAUAUUUUUCAGAAUUCUCUAUAUUUAAAGGUGCAAUGUGCAGCCUAGCGGCUGCAAACAGGUCCUCGCACAAUUGGAACAAAAACAAAGUUGCUGGAGAAGCUCAUCAGGUCUGGCAGCAUCUGUGAAGGAGAAAACAGAGUUAAUGUUUCAGGUCCGGUGACCCUUCCUCGCACAAUUGGCUUCACGACAGUACAGGAAAUAUGUUAUUAAUUGUGUGAAAUAGAGUGCAAAUCUGUGAUAAUAUAAUUCAGCAUCCUGAAAAUUUGCUUAAAAUGCAGGGGACACCUUAAAAAAAUGUAGAUCUUUGACUUAAAUCUUCAUUUUGAAUAUCAUAAUUAGGUGAAAAAUUGGAAUUUCAGACCAUAAGAUGUAGGAGCAGAAGUAGGCAUUCAGCCCAUCAAUGAGAUCACAGUUGCAACUGAUAAUCCUUAACUCCACUGUCUGGCCUUAUCACCAUAACUGAUCCUAACUGAUUAAAAACUGUCUAUCUCAGCUUUGAAUAUGGUCAAUUACCCAGAUAAAGAAUUCCACAGAUUCACUACCCACUGAGAAAAGAAAUUCCUCCUCAGUUCUGUCUUAAAUACUUACUCUGAGAUGAUGGCCUCUGCUCUACACUCUCCUACAAGAGGAAAUAACCUCUCAGCAUCUACUCUGUCCUACACUGUCAAGCCCCCUGAAAUCGUAUAUGUUUCAAAAAGGUCUCCUGUCAUUCUACUAAAUUCCAAAGAAUGCAGCCCAACCUAUUUAACCUCCCUUCAUAUGAAACUCCCUCCAUAUCCUGGAUCAACCUAAUGAACUUUCUGUGGACUGCCUCCAAUGCCAGUAAAUCUUUUGUUAUGAAAGGGGACCAAAAAUGUUCACAGUAUUCCUAAGUUCUGAUUUGUGCCACGUUUAGUUUUUGCAAGACCUCCCAAUUUUUAUCCUCUAAUCCCUUUGAAAUAAAGGCCAACAUUCAAUUUGCUUUUUUUCAUACCUACUGAACUAAGAUGCUUACUUUUUGUGAUUCAUUCACGAGGAUCCCCAAAUCCUUCUGUUCCAUAGCUUUUUGCAGUUUUUCUCAAUUUAAAUAAUAUUCAUCACCUGUAUUUCCCUGUUAACAUACAUAGUCUCACAUUUUAUUCCAUCUGCCAAGUUUUUGCCCACAUUUAACCUGUCCAUAUCCCUCUGCAGAAUAUGUGUGUCAUCCUCAACACUUGCUUUCCCACUUAUUUUUGCGCCAUCCAAAAACUUAACAAUAGUACAUUCACUUCACUCAUGCAAGUCAUUAAUACACAUUAUCGAUAAUUGUGGCCCCAGCACUAAUCCCUGUGGCACCUCAUUCAUUACUAGUCAUCAUCCUGAAAAUGCCUCCCUUUAUCCCAACUCUCUAUUUUCUAUUAGUUAGCCAGUCCUCUAUCUAUGCUAACUUCCCAUCACUGUGGGUUGUCAUCUUAUUAAGUAGCCUAAUAUGAGGUACCUUAUCAAAUAAUAUCUUUUGGAAAUCCAAAUAUAUAUACUGGUUCCCCUUUGUGUCUCCAACUUGUUACCACCUUAAAACAUUCUAAUAAGUUUGACAGGCAUUAAUUUCCCUUCAUGAAGCUAUGCUGACUCUGCAUGAUUAUAUAUCAUAUUUCUAAAUGCUCCACUGUUACAUCUCUUAUCGCAGACUCUUAACAUUUUUCCAAUGACAGAUGCUAAGCUAACUAGCCUACAGAACGUCUUUUGUCCCCCCCUUUUUUGGAUAAGGGUAGUUGGCAGUUUUCCAAACAUCUGGGACAUUUCCAGAAUCUAUGUAUUCUUGGAAAUUUAUUACCAGUGCAUCCACUACCUGUGUCGCUGCUUUGUUUACUAUCCGAGGAAGCUUCCCAUCACAUUCAGAGAAUGUAUCAGCUUUUAGCCCCAGUAAAUUUUUCACCAGUGAUAGUUAUUGAGUUUAUUUUCACACCCCCUCCCAGCAAUACACACACAAACACACAUACACAUACUCUGUCAACAUUGAUUAUUUACACUUUUGGAAUGCCAUUAGGGUCCUCUGCCAUGAAGACUGAUGCAAAGUAUUUAUUCAACUCCUCUGCCAUCCCUCAGUUCCCCAACAUUAUUGUCCCAGCCUCAUUCUCUAAGGGGCCUAUGUUUACUUUCGCCUCUCUCUUCCUUUUCAUAUAUCUAAAAAGCUCCUAGUGUCUGUUUUUACAUUACCUGCUAGUUUAUCCCCAAAGUUAAUGCUUUACUCUCUCUUAGUCACCUUUUGUUGGCUUUUAAAACAUUUCCAAUCCUCUGAAUUACUAUCAUUUUUUGCCAUGUUGUAACUUUUGUUUUUCAAGCAAUGCUAUCCUUAAUGUUGCUGGUUAACCACAGUUGGUUUAUCCCAUACCUAGAAUCCUUCUUCUGCACUGGGAACCAUUUUUUUAAAUGUUCCUCAACCGUCUUUCCUGUGAAACACUUUUUCCAAUCAACUCCUGCCAACUCUGUCCUCAUCCCUGCAUAACUACCCUUAUUUAAGUUUAACACUGUUGUUUUUGACACAAAUUUCUCACAUUCAAACAGAAUGAUAAAUUCCAUCCUGUUGUGGCCACUGUUCCAUAGGGGAUCUUUUACUCUGAGAUCAUUUAUUAAACAUGAAUCUUUACACAUUACUAGAUCCAAAACUGAUUCCCAGUAGAAUCCACAACAUAUUGUUCUAGGAUCUGCCCCAAAUUCUUAAUAACACAAUCCAGUUUCACUUCUUGGACCCCAACAUCCACAUUACAUGCUUCCACUGUAAAUCGUUUUGAUUGGAAGAAUGAGGAGAGGACUUAAUGGAACAAUUUUGAGGACAUGGAAACAGACUUGAACAGAUUCAUUUUCUGAAGAGGGGUCCUGACCCGAAACAUCAACUUUCCUGCUCCUCUGAUGCUGCCUGGCCUCCUAUGUUCCUCCAGCUCCUCCAGCUCCACACUGUGUUAUCUCGGACUCCAGCACCUGCAGUUCUUACUAUCUCUGACAUUCAUACACAACUCUGUUUGUGGCAGGACAGGUUGAGAAAGCUGUUUAAAAUCUAUCCAAGAUCUUUAGCUUUCAUAAAUACAAGAGCAGGGAAGCCAGGACUGAUAUUUUACCUUUAUAAAACACUGUUUGGGCCUCAGUGGAAUAUUGUGUUCCAUUCCAGAGCCCAUCCUCUAGAUGUUUACUAGAAUGGGAGCCGAAAUAUGGGGAGUCAGAGAAUCAUAGAGUUGUACAGCACAGAAGCAGUCCCUUCGGCCCAACUCAUCUGCAUUGACCAAAUAUCCUAAACUGAUCUAGUCCCAUUUGCCAGCAUUUUGGCCUGUAUUCAUGUACCAUUCAGAUGCCUUUUAAACAUAUAAUUGUAGCAGCCUCCGCCACCUCCUCUAGCAGGUCAUUCCAUACAUGCACCACCCUCUGCGUGAAAACAUUCCCUUUUAAAUCUUUACUCUCUCACCUUAAACCUAUAGCUUCUAGCUUUGGACUCCCCUACCCUAUGGAAAAGACCUUGGCUAUUCACCCUAUCAAUGCCCCUCAUGAUUUUCUAAACCCUUCAGCCUCUGAUGUUCCAGGGAAAAUAAUCCCAGUCUACUCAGCGUCUCCCUAUAGCUCAAACCCUGAAACACCAGCAACAUCCUUGUAAAUCUUUCCUGAACCCUGGAGAAACUGUGAUUGUUCUCUUUAGAACCAGUUUGGUCAAGAUGGACAAAACUAUAACUCUUUAGAUAAACAAGGGAAAACAAUUCCCAUCGGCAGAAGAAUCAGUAAUGAAUGGGGUACAAUUUUAAGAAAUUGAUUAAAGAACAAAAAGGGUGAUGCAGUUCUUUUUAACUAAGAGUUUUGUGUUCUGGACCGUACUACUUGAAAAAUUAUGGAUCCAUUUAAAUAAUAACUUUCUAAAGGAAAUUGCAUGAAUACAUGAUGUUAUGAUUACAAUCCCCAGCUGGUUUGUAAAUGUAUGAUGUGUGUUGCAGUAGCAGUCUCUGGCCAGGUGAUAGUGAUGUUGUUCCAAUAAAAAUAAUGGACAAUUUACAGCUGCAUUCAGAAAGGGCAUGUUCGAUCAGAGGAGAAGGAUUCCAGAACCUGUCACAAUCACGUGACAGCUAGUCUCAUCUCUGUUGUAAUACAGAAAGUGAAUUGACACUCACUCUGUGCCUCUGUGAUGUUGGUUGAGGGAUAGGUAUCAGCCAGAGCAUCAGGAAUAACUUCAAAACCUUCAUUUAAUGUCUUAUCUGAAAUACAGCACCUCUGAGAGAUCAGUGCUCUCUCCAUAUUGUGUUAAUGUCAAAUUAUCUAAACCACCUGGCCCUGCAAUUGGUGCAAGUCUGACAAUUUACACCACACCCACCCAGAGGUACUGAGGCAAACUGUAAAGCUGAGACUGGAGAUUAACCAAGUCCACAUCAGGAUAGACAGAACCCAAUCACCUCAUUACCUACAACAUUCCAAAGACCAAAAAGUAGAUUUCUUCUGGAUUCAGCUGUGACAGAAACUUUGGUUUUGAAAGCAUGAACAGAACCAUUAAAAUGAUAAAACUUGACAACCUUGUCAUUGGUGAAUUCUCCAGGCAAAGGCAAUCAAUAUAUUGUCUGGUGUAAUUAUAAUAAUGACUGGAAUACUGUAUAAAUCUGCUAUUGUAGUGUUUGCGGUUAAAAAAAUAAAUCUCCUUCACA